AUGAAGUACUCCACCGACGGCUAUGCUGGCGACGCCUUGAAACAGCGCCUUAAGGCGGUCAUAUUCCUCAAACAGGACUUUACGCGCAAGUUUAUGGACGAAUACAUCGCUGGAUUGCGCGUCCAAGCAAAGGCUUUCUUCUUCAACUCCCUCACGUCUAUCCUCCAACAAGACAUGGUUGCCGAAACCUUGUUCGCUACCCUCGACGACCAGAUCAAACGGCAACCCCCCCCUGCGAACGCUGACAAUCUCAAGGCUCGUGAUGGCCACAUGAAGACUUUCGAGCAUUUUCGAACCCUCUUCUACUCCAAAGCCUUCGCAGUCUACACAGACGUGAGGGAUUCUGUUUGUCAGCUCCAGUUCAAGGCGCGUGAGGAUGGCUUCGAGUGCACACCUGUUGUCGUCAAGGCCACUAUUCGCCACACUUUUAUUGUCCCCAGAAGCACACUAAUCCUGUCGGAUCAAGGCUCCUGUGACUUGGAAUCCCGUCGACGCCAAGUUGCAGGUGGCACCUUGUACUUCUUUCUACCCCUCGAUCGCCUCCACAUGUCACCCAGCGAGACCGCUCCUCUCGGACUCAUCAACGUCUUUCUACUCCAACACCUACCAGCUGCGCCCACCCCACUCAUGGCCGAUCCAACCCUCGUUCUCGAAAUCCGCUACCCUCGUCGUUCGUCACCCCACAGUCGUGCUCGCUUAUCGCCUCCACGACGACCACCUCCCUACCACGUCCAUCCGCCACUGCUGGAUGGGAUACAUCUCAAACCUUUCAUCCUUCCUCAGCCUUCUUCGGCGCUCUACAUUGGUGCCACUUGCGAAGCGCCAACGCCUUUCCAAUACCAAUUGUCGACUCCAAACGACCCGGUCGUCGUCUCCGCCUGCUUUGUCCACAACGACGCGUACUCCAUCUUAUGCUACGUCAAACACUCACGCUUGGCUUACCACCACGGCACUCGUCAUCCCGCCACAUCCCCCAUCCCAACAAAACUACAUUCCACUUCCUACAUUCCACUUCCUUCCGAUUCCACCACGGAGGAUGAUCCUCAACUGUCCCCGAUCUUCAACUGCCCCCACUACCUCAUUAAUCCCCCGCGCACAUCAUCUCCCAGCUCUACCAAUGUCACUACUCAACCUCCCACGCCCAGUACGUCUCAACCGUCGUGGUGA